GGAGGAACUCGCGCGGCCUCCAAUUUGGUGCCCCGCCAGACGAAAGUGGCGGGGGUGAACGGAGCCCUAGUUCACGGAGAGCGGAAGACGAGGGUCGUGCUCCGAUUCUCCGAUGCCAUGUGGAGGGGUGGGAAGUGGGAGGGCGCGAGGGAGGGAGGAUCGGGCCGAGCAAUUCUUCGGGAAAUGCGUCGAUGGUGCGCGUCUCUCUGAUCCAGGGAAUUUCCUCAUUUCUCGUCCCCGGGUUCUGCGUGCCUUCGGCGAGAUGUCUGCCUCCGCUCGUCAUUAACUCUGGCCUUCUUUGCGGGCGGAUUUUUCAUGCAGUGUGCAUCUUUUGCUCUUUUACGGGCUGAUACCAUUCCGAGGAGCUGCUAAGGAAGGUUUUGGACUCGUCUGUCGCUUCUCCAAAGUUUGAACAGUUGAGGAGAAAGGCAUUGUUUCGAUCUUGUAAAUUUGCAGCUGCAUGGACUGGUGCGGUACUCGGGCUGAAUCGUCAGACAUGACCAUACGGCAAGAAUGUCCUUCAACGUCUGGAAAAGAUGUGAGGAGUGCGGAGCCAUUCGGAGGUCGUUCCGUCAGGAGGAAAGGCAUGCAUGAGUUUGGCACUGACAUUUUACUGCGUAUCUUCUCCCGCGUGAAUCCAGCCUCGCUCGCCUACUGUUCAGCGGUUUGUACUGCAUGGCAUCGCGUGAUCAAGACUUCUCCAAGUCUGUGGAAAGUUGUAUAUUUUUUGGAUCUUGAAAAUCUGGGAGCAAGUAAGGAUCAGUGCGCUUCAACUUCCUCGCGAUCGAUGUCAGAUUUAGACUGGAAAGCUUGUUACAUUGAGGAGGACCAAAAAACUCGACUUGUAGGUCCAAGCUCUUAUCGUACAUGGAAGGCACACUCUGGCAGAGUUAAUUGCUGCAAGAUGAUUAUGGGACUGAUUGCUAGUGGAUCGUCUGAUCAGACGGCUCGAAUCUGGUGUGCUGAGACUUUGCAAUGCUUGGAGCAGUAUAAAGUCCCUCAUAAAGCCCCCGUGGUUCACAUUGAGUUCGAUGAAAACAAGGUGAUAGGAGCAGCAGGGAAAGAAAUGUUGAUUUGGAGUCGAGGUGGAAAUCGGCGCCUGCUUCGAAACAUGGGUGGGCACGCUGAAAUCUGUUCAAUGUGCCACGCAGAUCCAAAUCUUGUCGUUGGUUGUGCAGAUGGCACGGUUCGAGUUUUUGAUAUAUACAGUGGUAGAUGCACUCAAAUGCUCAGGCAGCAUACAGAACCUGUGAAAGGGGUGGUGAUGGACUCUGCCACGCAAACGAUGGCUAGUGGUUCUAGCGAUGGGACUGUGCAGUUAUAUGAUGCGCAAUCUGGACAGAAAGUUUCCUCUCUCCUGAGACCAUCAUCUAUGACAGGAAUAAGUUGUUUGCAACUAAGUUCAGCGAACCACUUACUCUUUGCUGGUGCAAUGGGUGGGAAUCUGUACUGCUUUGAUCUACGAUAUCUUGUGCAGGAAGCGAAAAACCUUGUGGACAACACGAGUUGGUGGAAGUGCCUUGACGUGUAUGCACUGCCCAAGCUACUCGGAUUCGGUAAUAGCUACUGGGGGAUUUGAUGGAACCGUCAAAGUUUUUAAGACAGAUUCAGGCGAACGAAUAACGACCACCUGUGAAGCGAGGAGGCCAUCCCGCUUGUCUCCAUCUCCCAUUUUAAGUAUAGCUCUGGGCUUGACGAGGAUAGUCACAGCUCACACGGAUUCAUUCAUGACUAUAUAUUCUUUAGGUGGCAAAGGUGGCGCUUAGGCCGAAAGGAUUUGCUCAUAAUUACUAGCAGAGAGCUUUUUGUCACUCUUUUAGAGUUGGGGCUUUCUGUCAAUCAAGAACCUUGCCGCUCAAAUAGUUGGGAAUCUUUGCUUCUAGGAAAGACAUUAUGAACUGUUUUGAGCAUCGGCCGGCAAAUUACGGUCGUUGGGUAAGGUUGUAUAAUAGCAUCGCGUUUCAGCAGCUUUUGUUGGCUAUAUUUGUCAGCUGUAUUCUUUGUUAUGUCCUGUGGGGGAUGAUCUUGUUCUAAAAUGUGAAAUCUUCUCCGCAUCGGACAACUUAUUUUUUUGUUG